AACAUUUCGAACCAGUUAUGUUGCAUCUCUUAAGGAAGCAUAACAGGCUAGUAAAGAUUAAGGUCGACCUUUUCCCAGCAAACUUGAAGGAAAUAAAUUACUGCCUACGACAUGGCUGUACCUGUGUUCCGCCAGUGAGCUGGACUACCGACGACGUCGUGCUGGAUUCACUCGAGGAGGUGGAGAUCAGUAGCUUCACCGGAGCCGUGGAGGAGGUCGAGCUCCUGAAGCUGCUAUUCGGGUGCAACAUCAAGAUCAGGAGGCUGGCCAUUCACACAGCGUCGGGCGUUUCCUUGAGCCAGGAGAUGCAGAAGCGUAUCUGGGGACUGGCGCGCCCGCACUGCAUCUCCCUCGAGUUUGAAACGACGCAGUUCAGCAGAUAGGCAAAAGGGAUCGGAGAGCAAAGGGACGACAAUAAUAAUGCUCGCAUUUUAUUCUGUGAAUUCGGCGC